AUGAAAUACAAUUUACCAAUAUUAAUUAUCCUUUUGAUUUCAUUUAUAUCUUUUGUAAACUCUGUUGAUCUUGUUUCUGAAGAGGUACCAUAUCUUUAUAGUAUUAUUCAAAAAGUUAAUGACACAAAACUUAAUAUACCAAACAUUGAAACAAUAAUAUGUAGUGGGGUAUUUUUUGGUUCAAGGUGUAAUUCCAACGGAAAUUUAGAAUCUUUGACAUUGAGAUCCACAACAAAUGAAAUUUUAAGUUGGAGUGAUUUUAAUGGGUUCACUAAACUUUACUAUUUAUAUAUGGCAGAAGUUUCGGUAGAUCAAAAUUUUGCAUACUUUCCAAUUCCCUCAAUAGGCUAUUUAUCAAUUCACAAUAAACUAUACUUUGAAUUUGAUAAAGUCCUUCCAAAAUAUGAUAAUGUUUAUAUUAAUUUUCAAGGAGAAGGAAUUAAUAGUCACAUGAAUAUUAAAGCAUCUUAUUUGAAAGAUGUAACAAGUUUCACUGUUUUGGGAGCAAUAUGUGAUAUUGAAAUUGAUGGUGAUCAAAGUGGUAAUAAACUCUCAUCAUUAUUUUUUAAUACUAAAAAUAUACCUGAUGUAUCAUCACUUUCUUUUCUAAGGACUUUAAGCUUCAAUUUAGGAAAUGAUUUUAAUCAAUCUUCAUUAGUGAACAUUCUAUCUUUUAGUAAAUUAACUUACAUAGGAAUGGGUUUUUCAAAUUCAAAUCCUUUAAAUUUCCCAACUGAAUUUUCUAAUAUUAUUAAUCCAAUGUGGGGUACUAUAUAUUUUACACAAGGAAAUUGGGGUCCACCAGCUGAUUAUAUUGAUUUAUCAAAUAGUAAUCAAACACUUGUUUCAUUUUCUUUAAAAAAUGCUGGUAAAAAAUUCAAUAUUAAUGGUAAUUUCCCAUUUUCAAAAUUACCAACAGGUACAUGUAGUAACUUUAUAGUUGAAAAUGGAAACUUUUCAACAUUACCAGAUCUAUCAAUUUUUCAAAGAGCCCAACAAUUUUCAUUAUCAAAUUCUGAAAUUGGUGGUAAUCUUCCAUCUGUAAAAGAUACAUUACAAAAAUCAGCAUUCACUCAAACUGCUACUUUAAGUAAUAACAAACUAACUGGUAGUAUCGAUGAAUCAUGGUGUUCAAUUAGUUUAGAUGUUUCAAAUAAUUUAUUAUCAGGAUCUUUACCAGAUUGCUAUUAUUGUUAUUUACAAGAUCCAACAUAUCAAAGAAGAUUAGUUGGUAAUAAUUUUUCAAAUUAUAAUUUAACUUCAACUUGUAAUGAUGGUCAAAUAAAUGUUUAUAAAUUUUUAAAUUUAUCAUCAACACGAGUUACAUUAAUUGGAAAAAAUAUUGGAACAAAUUUAGAUAAUAUUGUAACAUAUCCUGAAAUUAAAUUUAGUUCAAAUAAUUUAAAUGAUAGUUUUUCAGGAUAUUUUAGUGUUGCUAGUAAUCAAUAUGAUAUUAUUCAAAUUAGAUUUUUAAUACCAGGAAUUAAUUUCACAGUUUCAAUCGCAGGUAAUGCACCACAAAUCGAUACGAUCAUUCAAAAUAAUGCAACAUUUGAAAUCACUGGUCAAUAUUAUUCUUAUGAUAAAUCAGUUGUAAAUGUUAAGAUCGGUAAUAAUGAUUGUAUUGUUAAAUCAACUACAUUCUAUAAAAUAAUUUGUGAUAUUAAUUAUCCAAUUGUUGACUAUGGUAAUAAAUCAUUUACAGUUAUGGUUGAAGAUAAAAGUACAACAACCUACUUUAAUUUAAUUCAUACUCCUGUUCCAUGUAAAAAUCCAACUUGUAAUUCAAAUGGAAUUUGUAAUGAUCAUAUGGGUGUUUGUGCAUGUUUUAAAGAAUGGACUAGUGAGGAUUGUUUAAUCCCAAUUCAUAAUGUAACAAACUCAACCAAAGUUCCAGUCGAAUCUGGUGGUGCAAUCAAAUUAUAUGGUUGGUUUGGUGAUAUUCAUUUGGGUAUUUCUGUUUCCUUUAAUGGUGUUAGCUCCCUUAUAGAUUCAAUUAAUUCAAAUACAAUCUAUGCUCAAAUUGGUAAAGGAUUCGGUUUUGUAAAAACUGAAGUAACCCAAAAUGGUAUAACAUGGUCCGGUUUAAUUAAUCCAUACCUUCAACCUGAAAAUGGAUAUUGUAAUGAAACUACUAAACAAUGUACAUGUAAUAAUAAAUGGACAAGCUUAGACAAUGAAAUUUGUACAAUUCCAUAUCAUUAUGUAUCGUCAUCAAGUAAGGUACCAUCCACUUCUGGUGGUAACAUUUCAAUAUCAGGUUUUUUCGGUGAUGUUCAUAAAUAUUUCCAAUUUUCAUUUGAUAAUGAAAUAAUACCAAUAAACUCAAUUGAUAAUGAAACAAUAGUUAUUUCAAUCCCACCAGGUGUUGGUUUAAAGAAUAUUGAAAUCAUUCAAAAUAAUAUUACAUGGUCUGGUUCAAUUUAUCCAUAUUCAGAAUCAACUAUUAAUUGUUUAAAUAAUUGUAGUGGUAAUGGUAAUUGUAAUUCAAAUGGUGAAUGUAAAUGUAAUUCUGGUUUCAUUGGUCUUGAUUGUUUAACAAAGGAUGUUGGUGAAUCAAAACCACCAACUGAAACAAAGGUAAAUCCCGACGGCACAACUACCAUUAUAAAUGAAGAUACUGUAUAUUUAAUUUAUAUUGAUUCAAUUGCUGAAAUUGAUUUAAAUAAUAAUCAAGUACCAAACUCUUUAAUCAAUCUUAAAAGUGGUUGGAAAAUUACAAAUACUACAAAUAACCUAACUGGUUCAGGUUCUUUAAUUUCAACAUUUUCUCAAAUUGUUAAUAAUGCAACCAUUAUAAUGACAAUUGAAAAUAUUGAAAGUAACAAUGGUAAAGAAUUUACAUUUGCAGGUAAUCAAUUCACAGUUAGUAAAGAUGGUUUUAAACUUUCAUUAUCAGUUUCAAAUUGGAAUUAUAAAAGUAAUCUAAACACUUUACAAAUCCAAAUGUCAUCUGAUAUUUCAACUACUGAAGGUAAAAUUAAUAAUUGUAUAGAUAGUGAACAUACAAAUGUAGAAACAUCACCAAAUAGUAAUAAUUUACAAAAUGUUAAUUAUCUUAAAAUUAGUAAAAAUGGUAAAACACUUUAUGGUAGAUUCCAAGAUAAAAUGUUAUCAGAUGGUAGACCAACAACAACAAUCACUAAAAUAAUUUCAAAAGAUGAUAAAAAAGUUUUAAUUUCACUUGAUAUGCCUCAUUGUAAUCAAUGUUUAUUAGAUCCAGAUUUUUCAGUUAUUAUUAAUUCAGAUUUUAAGUCAUCAGAUUCAUGUGGCAAAGAAAAUAAAAAACCUUGGUUAAUUCCAGUUGCUGUCACUGUACCUGUUGUUGGUUGUGCUUUAAUAAUUGCAGCAUUCAUGUUAAGAAAAAAGAUUCAUAGCAAUAAAAUACUUCUUAAUAAAUUUGGUGGUAAAUAA